ACGUGACGCAUCAAAACGAAUCUUUAUUUGAUUUCAUCGGAAUAAACUUUUUUUCGUACUGUGUACAAUAUAACUACCAACGACUGUCUUCAUCCUCUUCAGCUAGAAUAGAUUACCACAAAAAUUAGGUCAAACGACAACUAUGGCUUCACUUUCGAUCGCCAUGGUUCUUCAAUUACUUUUGUUCGUCGCAGCGCUCUACGCCGUCGAAGUCAACGGAUAUAGUGGUGGUAACGGAGGAGCAGUAGAAUUAGUAUCGACAGUAGCUGAACAAAGGGAGUUUGAUUACUACGCGUUGGCUGUCCAAUGGCCUCCAACUUACUGUUCGAAAUCCACUAAAUGCUGUACUCAAAGCGCUUGUUGCCGAGGAUCAAAUUCUCCAUCAGUAUUCACAAUCCAUGGACUAUGGCCAGAUUACAAUGAUGGAUCAUGGCCAUCAUGCUGCUCAGGUCCUGCUUUUAAUGAAACAGAGAUUUCAACGUUGCGUGGUGUUUUGGAGAGAUAUUGGCCAACACUAAGUUGCAGUAAAUCAUCAACAUGCCAUAACAAAAAAGGACUUUUUUGGGCUCAUGAGUGGGAGAAACAUGGUACCUGUUCCUCUCCAGUUACAGGACAGGAAUAUAACUAUUUCUUGACAACCAUUAAUUUGUAUUUUACAUACAAUGUCACAGAAGUUCUUUUUGAAGCUGGAUAUGUGCCUUCAAAUUCAGAGAAGUAUCCUGCAGGUGGCAUCACUUCUGCCAUUGAAAAUGCUUUCCAUACAACCCCACAAUUGAUCUGCACAAAAGGUGCUUUGGAGGAAGUCCGUUUAUGUUUAACCAAGGAUUUCAAGUUCCGAGACUGUGUAACAGGAAGUGAUUGUCCUGAAUAUGUCAGCCUACCGGAAUUCGCUUUCUCAGAUGAUCUAAAUGGCACCAAGAUUGCAGAUCAAUCAUUUACUGGCCAUGAAUCCUUCUGAAUUAUGUGCCCGAUGAUGAUGUUUAUUUUACAGUCGUAGAAUACCAUUUUUAUUUAUGAAUAAGUCAAGACAAACGUGAUACCAUUUCCACUGUAUCUUUAAAACAUUAUGACUUCGACAUUUUAGGGUAUUUACUUUUAUUAUAGUACCCCCAUUAAUGUACUGAACAGAAAAUUUGAUCGAAAAUGAAGAUACAUUGAUUCAAAUAA